AUGUGGAAAGUGUCUAAGAAUGAAGGUGUAUUUAUGGAAAGUUAUGUAAUGGAAAGGCAUGGAGAUUUCGGGGAUUAUGACGGACCCUCAACUCAAAUGACAGAAAAAGAUGACUCGUACAUGGAUCUAAGACAUUGUCAUGGUAGACAAGGUGUGUGUGAAGACUUGUGGGUUUCAAUUUUCUGUAUACAUUUUGACAUAAAUUGUCUGUUACUUUUACCAUUUUUUGGCUAUAGGUUUAACCCACCUCCAUUUGAAGAAAGAUUCUUCCAUUUCUCAUCAGAAACAAUAGCAAAACUCAAGGCAAGGGCUAAUCAAGAAAUAAGCAGCAACAAUACCGCAAUUUCAUCUUUUCAGGCUCUCGCAGCAUUUCUCUGGAAAUCUAUUAUACAAGCGAAAGGACUGAAACCAGACCAGCAAACUCACUGCAAGUUAGCUGCAAAUAACAGGACAAGAUUAAACCCGCCGUUGCCUGAAGAAUACUUUGGCAACUCACUUAUCAUACUAACAUCAACCACGACAGUUGGAGAAUUGUUCAAACAUAACUUAGGGUGGACUGCAUCAUUGGUGCAACAGUCAGUGGUUGACCUUACCAACAAAACUGUAAACGAUUUUGCAGAUUCGUGGUUCAAGUCUCCUUUCGUCAUUAGACUUGAUCAGAUGAUAGAGAAGGAUGAAGGCAACUCAGUACAAGUAGGAAGCUCGCCUCGAUUUAACAUCUAUGGGAAUGAGUUUGCAGGACUUGGGAAACCUAUUGCUGUUCGCAGUGGGUAUGCAAAUAAGUAUGAUGGCAAAAUUACUGUCUACCCGGGAUUUGAAGGCAGAGGAAGUGUAGAUGCCGAGAUAAGUUUGUCGAGUGCUUACAUGAGAGCUCUUGAAUCUAACAAGGAGUUCAUGGCUGUUGUAUCUUCACCAUAAAAGAUUGAAAGAUCGUAGUUACAAGAUCGGGUUAAGCUAGCUUACAUCCUGCAUGAGUGUGAUAAAUCUGCUAGUAACAAAUAUAUCAUGCGAUUUCUUAUUAAUGUUGAAAACCUUAUUUUAUGUCCUUUAUAUAUUAUGCAUGAUUUAUCUGCAGAAAGUAGGAGAGGAUGGAAACCAAACAAUAGAUAACAUUGGUGCUCAGAUUAUAUGAUUCAAACAUUUGGAAAUUUAAUUUGGUUUUCAGAUAAUGUUUAUGCAUUUUUUUUCCAUUUGAUUGAUUUGAUUGUUGAUUAUUGGCUUUUAGCUUAAUGGUUUGACCAAAAUAGAUGGUGUUUGGUAAACUCAAUUGCUAGCCUUUCGCUAACUAUGAAA